AUGCCAGAUAACAUGAGUAUCUCUUUAAAUGGACAGUCUCAAGUCCCACCUGGAUUCAGAUUUCAUCCAACAGAAGAGGAGCUCUUGCAGUACUACUUGAGGAAGAAAGUUUCAUACGAGAAGAUUGACUUGGAUGUAAUCCAUGAUGUUGAUCUCAAUAAGCUGGAGCCAUGGGAUAUACAAGAGAAAUGCAAAAUAGGAUCCACCCCACAAAAUGAUUGGUACUUCUUCAGCCACAAAGACAAGAAGUACCCAACGGGCACAAGAACAAAUCGUGCAACUGCUGCUGGGUUUUGGAAGGCCACCGGCCGUGAUAAGGUGAUCCAUAGUCACUCCAAAAGGAUUGGAAUGAGGAAGACUCUGGUGUUCUACAAAGGUCGGGCCCCUCACGGCCAAAAGUCUGAUUGGAUCAUGCAUGAAUAUAGACUUGACGACAGCACCAGUGAUACCAAUUACAAUGCCACCAAUGCAAUGGUUAUGGGAGAGAGUACGCAGGAAGAAGGUUGGGUCGUUUGUCGUAUCUUCAAGAAGAAGAAUCACCAUAAAACCCUAGACAGCCCCAUCAGUGUUUCAUCUAUAGCAGCAGAAACGAGAAGCCAAAGGCUCAGUCCAAGUGAUGAAGGGACAUUGGAGCAAAUAUUUCAGUAUAUGGGAAGGAAUUGCAAGGAGAAAAAUGAAGCAAAUAGCGACACAAGAAUUCUGAGGACACUUGACAAUGGUCCCCUCCAUCAUGACAUGAGGUUCAUGAAACUUCCCAACCUAGAGAGCCCAAAAUCAACGCGUAGCCAAAGCACUUACCAACCAAUCAAUGCACACAUGUUCACAGAUAUUAAUGAUAAUUCUGCAAUCAACCAGUUGGGCGGUGCUGCUGAUCCCAGCAUUGUUUAUAACAUAGAAAGCGGCCUCAACGACUGGGCAGCCCUUGAUCGACUUGUUGCCUCACAACUCAACGACCAAAGCGAGAUCACAUCUAAGCAGCUCACCACCACCUGCUUGCAUGACGACCCAACAACCGUGGCUUUUUGUUUGCCGACGCCACCUGCUGAUCAAUUUCUGCAAUUACAGCAACUACGAUCGUCGUCGUCAGCAUCAUCAGCCUCCAACAGGGCUGAGGCCGACAAUUCCACACACGAUUAUAACAGUGAUUUUGAUCUUUGGAACUUCACGCGAUCAUCUUUGUCAUCAACUGACCAGCUAUGCCAAAUGUCAAAUGUUCCUGUAUAACACAACCACCCCUAUCCACAGCAAUAAAGUCAAGUGUCAUUAUGGCAUAUCAUAAUUAAUGUGGAAAUUAUGUGAUUAUAAACACGCUAUAAUUUUAUUAGAUUGAAUAAUAGGAAGAGUAAUAUUACAUGGACUUGAUGGGCUGGGGGUGGGUG